UAUCAAGGCUGCAUUCUCUGACAUGCCGCAGCUCAUCAGUCCACAACAGCACACCUCUCUUAGGAAAGAAUCACCUACACUCCCACUGCAGGUUGUAGUAAAUCUGCUGGAAAAAAUCACCCAAAACAACAGCUGUGUCUGUAAUUAAAGGAGAAGCAAGCCCAGACUAAAUGUUACUCUAUUUGCAGACUUAACUGGGUUAAGCGGUGGUGAUGAUGCAAACCAACAUGUUUCCUGUGUGUGUGUGUGAAUGAACCACUUUUUUUUUUGCAAGAUUUCCACUCAUCUGCACAGACUCUGGUCCUCUCUGUGAAUCUCUUUUUGUGUGUGCUUGUGUUUGGUGCAGCAGGAGAGCUGCAUUUGACAUCCCUGCACCCUGCUGAAUGCCUUUCAUGGCCCUGCAUUAACAUCACUAUGGCACUGACAGAUUUACUACCGUGCUGACUUUAGCUCACUCUGCUCUUUCUGGCUAUUCCUCUACUCUUUUGCUUUGUUUUCUCCUACUUGUGUUUAGGCACAUUUCUCUCCACAGGUUGAUGUUUUUUCCACAUGUUUUGGUAUACAUAUUUAACCUUCUUUUCUGUCGGGUCUCAGGUCCAGUGAAUUGAUUGUGAUAUCCAUACAACCUUGUCUCUUUCAGUCCUGCUCGGCUUUGUUUCUUUGGUCUGUGCCAUCCAUCUCAUCAUGGACAGCCUGCUGAGCGGGGCCAGUAAAGGGGCCGGUGCCCUUCAGUCAGCACAGACCUCAUCACGUCAUAGAUGCCACUCGCUGUCUUUGCCCCUGUAUGAGUGACCGUUUAGGAAACAAUAAAGCCUAAAUUCCUCUUGGUUUGAACAAAAGAGCCAUGCAUCCGCCGCUGGCCCUCUGUGUCUUUUGGCUGCUGCCCCUGGCCUUGACGCUAGAAGAAGACUCUCCCCUGGACUGUGUCCCUCGCAGAUCUGUGCCCUACAUUAGGGCCAACGCUCACCUGUUUCAUGAGGAGGGAGUGUUCAACUACUCCACCAUGCUGCUGAGAGAAGAUCUGGACCUGCUAUUGCUCGGGGCCAGGGAGGCAGUGUAUGCUCUUGACCUGAAAGACAUCACCAAGAAAGUUGCUUCAGUUAAAUGGGAAGUGACACAACAGCAAAGAGACGAAUGCAGAAACAAAGGAAAAGACCCUGAGACGGAGUGCAUGAACUACAUCAGGAUCCUGCACCAGAUGGAGGAUAACAGGAUGUAUGUGUGUGGAACCAAUGCUUUUGAUCCUGAGUGUGAUUACAUGUCCUACGCAGAUGGAAAGCUGACUCUAGAGAAGAAAGCAGAAGAUGGCAAAGGGAAGUGUCCAUUUGAUCCUUUUCAGAGAUAUGCCUCCAUCAUGGUUGAAAACAACUUGUUCUCGGCCACUUCAAUGAACUUCCUGGGCUCUGAACCCGUGCUGGCGCGCAGCUCCCCUGUCUCAAUACGCACUGAGUUCAAGAGCUCCUGGCUUCAUGGUAACAUAUGA